CACCCUCUCACGGUCGGCACGAAGUCAUCGCAUGCGAGGAUGAUCGCCUGCUUGUCUCGCAACGCUCGCGAAUCGGAUGUGACCAGCUCGCUCUGGCUAUAUCACAUGGAGCACGCAGCGUAUCCCGACUGUACCAUCUCGAAACGGGAUGCUCCGCCGAAGACUGAACAGAACGCACGACAGCGACCUAUGGAUCAUGUAGCUGUCAUAGUAGGCUCACAGUAUCAUGUUAUUUGGUACUUUUUGCCCGUACUACUGGUAAGGUAUCGUCUGACAUUCGCCAUUGCUCUGACUGGCUGUGAGAUUCUACGCGCCACUGCCUCGACAGUUCCGCUUUCGAGCGAAGGGAAGUUCGCUCGUUCCUUUCGCUCGUGCCAGAUAUGAGAAGGCCUCUCCAUUCUCUCCAUCCCUCUUUUCUUCCAUCGCUCACAUCAAUCUCGUGCUCGAAUCAUCGGCAUUUAACAUUAAUCGCAUUCAACACCAAUCAUAUCGACAUCAUACACAUCCGCCAUCAACAUGCAAACCAAAGCAGUUCUUCUGAUCAUCACCGCGGUUCUGGCCGUCUGCACCAUCGCCUCGCCCAUCAUCGUCCGGGACCCUCAGCUAGUCGUCCCGAAAAUCUUGUCAAACAACACCAACAUCACCACAAUCGCCAACUUGGACCGCCACAAGGACAAGCCCAAAGUCGCCUGGGACCAAUUCACCUGCGGCGGAAGCAGCAUGUGCAACGGCGGGUCCGGCAUCUUCUACAACGACCCCGGCCAGCCCAUCGAAGAAAUCCUCGGCUACUUGGAAGGGAUGGACGACACCGACGUCUUCUACAGCGCCGAGCACAUCGCCUGCUCCGCUUUCCAAUACUGCUGCUUCAUCGAGGGCGGCGACUACGGCGGGCUCAAGGGCGGCGAGGUGCGAAAGCUGGUGACGAUGAUUCGCGACCGGGGGUGCGAGAAUUGCGGGCGCAUUGGGAUUGCGGAGCUGGGGAAUCCCAAUCGUACUAAUGGCGUGCUCAAGAUCGAUGUCGUCGUUGUCAACAAGGGUGGGUGCAAGGGGUUUUGUCGGGAUCCGUUGAAAUUGCCUUGAGGUCGGUAGGUGUCGGGCUUGGCCAUUUUCGAAUGAGCGGAGGGAUGAACAGGCAGGGCGUGGACAGAGUGGCAGCAAUUGUGACCUUCUGAAGGCGUUAUACGAUAGAUAGCAGCAAGUACCAGUCUUCUAGGACGUGCACGCAG